AUGUCCGUAGCAAGCCAUAAAAAACGAAUUAAUUCAGUUUUAGAUGAACUCAGCAGGAAUUUGAAUCUCUUUUUUACGGUUUAUUACGGGAUUCAAAAUUUGAAAGAUAACAAACGUCGCGAAAUACUUAACAAUGAAAUUAGCCAAUUACUUAGCACAGAUAUCUCCGAGUUAAUUGACUAUUUGCUUAAACUUUCAGGACUAUACCAGGAGAAUAAGAACACAGAAAAAUAUCAACUUAUUCUAAAUGCAAUUAACAACCUCCGUCAGAUCGUUCCACUUGAAGAGGAAAAACUUUUCCAGUAUAAUCACAGACGAGCUGAUGAAGAAAAAUUCAAGUGGACCUCGCUUAUUUUGGCCAACAAAGUGAAAAUUCGCAAUUUGAGACAAAAAAUUCGCAGCACACAACAUGCGAUUGACGAAAUUAAGCUGAAACUUUUCGUAUUGAAUGAGAAAAGUUCUCGGGAGAUUCAAGACAUUAUUGAUCGAAAUGAAAAGGAAUUGUUAGAUCUGAAACAAUUGGGAGAUCGACAAUACAGAUUGUUGCAGGAUGAGGAAACUAAAAAAGAUCUGGAUUUAACUCGGCAUCAAGAAUAUCGUAACUUGCUAGAUAGUCACAGUCAAAAGCGCAAAACAAUCACAAAAUUAACCGUUCAGCUGCAGUUGUGGAUUAAACAGUACGAUAAAUUUGUUGGGGAACCAAUGAAAGAAGUAACUGAUUUGGAAAUAGAGCUCAGUCAAUUCGUGUACUGGAAGCAGUCUGCUUAUGAUCCUCAGGAAGAAAGGCUCAACGAAUUAAAAUAUAACGUUGAUUUGUUGGAGUCAGAUUUAAUUGAAGAACAGGUUGAGAAUUUUAGAAACGAGCACGCGGCCCGGGUGAUUCAAAGAGGAUGGCGAAGGAUUCUGCAGAAAAGAAGUGACAAAAAGAAGAAUAAGAAACGUAAAAGAGGAAAAGGAAAGAAGAGAAGUAAAUUUUAUUAG